AUGAAGUUAACUGAAAAGCAAUUGAAAGUUUUUAAUAGAUUACAUAAAAAGUAUCCAGUGUCAUUAGAAUUUAUAGAUUAUAAUUUAGAGCUGUUAGAAAAAAUUAAAGUUAAAAGUAUUUUAGAACCAGAUGAAAGCAAUAAUGACAUUAAAACUCAAAGUUCUGUUUUGGAUUUGAAUGAAAAUUCGUUAUCAAAUAGUACAUCAAUUGUUGAUUUAGAUGUUAGUUUAACACUUACAAAAAAUGAUGCUGACUUAAAAGGGAAUAAAUCAAUACCGCAAAAUAAAAUUAUAUUGCAUGAUAAACCUGAUAAAAAAUCAGAUGCAUCGCAAAAUAAAUAUAACGCAAAUAAAGAAGAAAAUCCUUUUAUUUGUAAUAAAAAUCCGGCAUUAGGAAACAGUUUAAACAUUGCAGAAGCAAGUGAUGAGAAUUUUGAAUUAAAUGACGAUAAUGCUGACACCAUUUCAAAUUCAGACUCUGAACAUCCCAUAUCUGAGUUAGAAGAAAGUGCUUUAUCUCCAGAGCAAAUUGAACUACAAUUAAAAACUCAACUUGAAUUACUAAAAUACGGCAAACGAUCAUUGUCUUUGUUGUCAGAAAAAAAAAUAACUGACAAAAUCAAUUCAAAUACAAUCUUAAAUGAAAAACCUAAAUCAACUUUGAAACUUUCAACAUUAUUAAACAAUAAACGUUUGUCAGGGGAAAAUUCCAAGAUAAAUAACGAACUUGAAGAGUCAGGUGAAGAUACUGGCAGUACUGAUAUUGUAAUUUUAAAGGCAUCAGAAAUAGAAAGUAGAUUAACAGAUGAAUUAAAUGAAAGCAUUGAAAGCACAGUUAAAAACAAAUUCAUAAUUUCUAAUGGCCGAACGAAAUGCUCAAUAGUUGAUUCAUUCGAAAUAAGUGAAAAAGAUGCUUUAGAAGCGGGACCGUCUACUAAAGAGCCGGUAUUGUUUACAAACGUAAAUAGAAAACUUCAAGAAACUCAUAAUGAUUCUGCAGCAAGUGAAAAUGAUGCAAAAAAUAAUGUCAAAUCAUCGUCAAAUAAAUUAUAUGAUAAUUUUUUAAAAUCUACUGAUUUGCCAAAAAAAAGUACAAGCAUUGUGGAUUCUCUAAUUAGUAAAUUGGUUAAUAAUUUAGAAAGCCGAAAUGAAAGAAAUGAUAAAGAAGAAAAAGGGAAACCAUUAGAAAAAACUAUAUCAGUUAAAACUGUUGAACAAAUAAAUAAUUUGUCAUGUACUGAUUUGUCAAAUGGCUCAAAAAUAAAUGACGACAAUUCAUCUAGUUCGGACGAUUUCUUUGGAUUUAAUUGCAACGAAAUGAUUCAACCGCAAAUACCUGGUAUGUUACCAACACCAGCUGUUCCCACAUUUUCCAAUAUUUCGGCCUUCAUUAGUAAAGAUGAUAAACCUGGCCCGAUCAAAACUUUCCGGUAUACGAAUUUACCAAAACGUUACGAAGAAGGUUUAGUUCACUCAGAUCGACCACCGCCAAAAUUUGAAAUGGCAGCUUUGCCUGAUGAAAUGUCAAAACCCAGAACACUUGCCGAAAAACGAAUGAUUUUUUCAAAGCAACGUAGCUUUAAAUAUUUUAUGAUUGAAAAUGAGAAUACUAUCUAUCAUGAACUUAAGAGAAGAACCAGAGACGGUAGAAUUAAUACAAGUUUUGUAAGAGCAGUUCAACGCAGUAGAGUUCCAGCAAGUCGGGAUUUAUGGAAAGCAACUUGUUGGCUAUUAACAGAGAAUGAGAAAUUUUACUUUCAAACUGCUGAUAUUGAUGGCAGGAUAUGUAAAAUUUUGUCUGGUCUUGGAAAUUUUCCAAUAAAAAAAAUGUUGCCUCAAUACAGUUCACCUAUUAUGAAAAAGGAUUUACUACAUACGAACAGAAACUGUUCAUUAAAUUGUACUGAUAGAAAAACAUGGCAAUGUAUUCGAGUAAGAUACAAGAAUCCACGGAUGAAAAUGCAGAUUUCUCAAAUGAAAAAAAUUAAAAUGCUCAAAGAAGAGAAUCGACCUGGUCCUUUGUGUUUUAAAAAAAAAUUAUUAAAUGACUUAGAGGGGGGUUUAAAUGAAUUGGAGAUUUACAGAAUGCCAAAAAUAGAAUUGGAGGUAUAUCCAAAACUGAAUAAACCUUUAGACGAUUAUAUAAAAAGUUAUUUAAAAUUAGUCUUGCCAUCUGAAAGUAUAACAAAAGAAUGGGCUGAGUUUGCUGUUUCGACAUUAGUCGAAAAAGCUAACCAAGAAAGCAACGAAAUUAAUCAUGAUGAAGACAAGGGAAAAAUUAUUCAGGCAAAAAAUUCCUUUAAAUUUACAAUACCUUAUUUAAAUGACCAAACUCACAUUUUGGUUCGAAAAGUGCUCAGACGUUCUGAAAAUUUUGAUAAUAAGGAAAAAUUGAAAUUUCGUUCGAUUCUUGAGAAUAGCAGUGAUAAAAUUACUAUUGAAUGUGCUGAUGUCUUAUCCGAUAUGAUUGAUAGUGUAGCAAUUGGGCUAAGUGAAAAUUCAUUUAUUUAUGAUGAUCCUGACAUCACAUAUGACAAUGGAAAAGGGGCUAGUAUAAAGCAAUCUGAAAAAGGAAAUAAGUUUAAUAAUAUUGAAGAAACUAAUGAACAAAUACAGAAAACCAAAACUUCAGAACUGAAAAGGAAGACUGCAAAAAGUGGGGGAAAUCCGAAAUCGAAAUUAAUGAAGGAGUUGAAACGAUUAAAUGCUACGAUAAUAAAUGCCUCUGAUGCUAAAAUCGUAGCCAAACCAAAGGUGUGUGAGAAAGACUUUUGCCGGUUGGGGUGUAUUUGCGCAAGUUUGGGUAAUAAUAAUGUACCCAAGAAUCAUUGCAAAAAAAUUAAUUGUAUGUUGGAAAAAUGUAGUUGCCCUUUGACUCUCAUUGAGGCUGAGAAUUCAGUAAUAACUUCAGAAGAUGCAUUUGUAUUACGGCAAAAAGCAACCGCAAGAUUGGCUCGAAUGGAACGGGAAUUUACUUCAACUGUGGUGCUCACUGGCAAUGAAACAUUGUUGAUAAACGAAAAUCAAACAAAACGGAAACGUCGAAAUAAUGCCCGUUUAACUAAUUAUUACACUAAAGGAUUGGAAGAUGAAGAGCCGAGAAUUCUUACUAGCUCUCGCUCCAGAAAUGCAACCCCAACCAGCGCGAAUUCAGCUUCACCAUCUAGCUUUUUAUCACAUGAUGAAGAAUCAAAAGAUAUUAACUCCCCAGUUAAAGAGGCCAAAAUUCCAAAUGAUAUCAGUGGUAUCUGUUACGUGGAUGAAGAUAUUAUGAAAUUAUUAAAGCACUGCACUAUAGAUUUAUAUCCACUAAAAUAUUUUGAUGAUAAAGUAAAAUGGUGUAUGGUGCAUUGUUUAUAUAAAUGCUUUUGUAAUGGAAAAGAUACUGAAGGUAAACCUUAUAUACUUAAGAAACUUGAAGAAGAAAAGCCAGGUGAAGUUUACUCCCGUAAAGCAAAAUAUUCAUUCGACAAAAGUGAGGACGAAAGCUUACCUGUUGAACCCCAAAAGAAAUUAAUGAAAACUGAAAUAAAACCAGAUAAAACUUCAGAGAACAUUUCAAAACAGUCGAAUGAAAAUAUGUCGAAAAACAAACCAGAAAAAGCAAACAGGGGACGAACUAAUGCUUUAGAAAUUGUUACGCCAGAACAAAAGCAUAAAGAAAAUCGCAUCAUAUCGGCGUACAUAAAUAAUGAUUUUUAUGGUUGUCAUCGCGUUCAGCCAGUUCCAAGGGUUUAUAGAAUACGUAAUAAGCGUCCAGAAAUUAAAAAUCAUUGGAGAAAAUUUGUUGAAAAUGAUCAGACUAAAUUUUUAUUGAUUGAAAAAGUCCGUCUAAGUGAAAGUUACGUUCGUAAAAUUAUAGUUAAACGUCCACCUGGAAGCUUACAAAACUCCAAGCCUGAAACAAACAAUAAUAAUAGUACGCAUAAUAGUAGUAUCAAUAAUUUAAAACCAAAUCAAUCUCUAAACGCUAUCGAUACAUCUGGCAAAGAACUGAAAGACAUAGACACUUCUAAGUCUCAAAUACUUAGUACUUCCAAUUCCAAACCGAACCAACAAUCUCCAAAUGAACGGGAAGCUGAUGCAAAGCAAAGUUUAACGCAAACAACACGAAAAUCAGAUUCACAAACAGAAUCUCAACUUACAAAAAGUUCUAGUUCAAAUUCAGAACUUUCCUCACCCCUUCUUAAAAUUUCGUCAGUUUUUUCCUUGAAUGAUCAACGAAAUACAACUCUUCAAAAAGACAAAAUCGAAGCUUCAAAUGUUUUGGAUAAUGAAAACGAUAUGAAACAACCAUUGAAUGAGGAACAAAAGUUUCCAUCUUUGCAGUUUCCUUCGAAUUGUUUUGAUAACUGUGAACAAUUUACGUUAGCUGCCGAACAAGUUCAAAAAGAAGUUAUGAAACGGUUAAAUUUCUCCGUUACAAAAACGAUGCAUAAUAUUACAAAAAUUCAAUCAGAAGAUAGUGCUAAUAUUCCUAAUCCUCAAGUAGAAAUGAUGGUAGCUGUUCGCUGGAAACAUUUUCUGCAGUAUUAUAUUGAAGAUAAAUUACACAUUUGGGAGGUUAAAAUUGAAAAAGCAACCUAUUUUGUGGGUACUAUGAAGUAUGCAAUGCCUUAUGUAGUUAAUGCUAUCGGCGUUAUAAAUAUAAAAGCAGUUCGCCGAGAAAAUUUGCCACUUUUUGCGCAAAUGUUAAAUUCAAAAUUAUCUAAUGCGCAAACGGAUUCUUUAUCUAUUUUGAUGAACGGACAUCGCGAUUAUUGGCGAAUUUUGGGAAUGACAAAAUCGAUUAAUGAAGGUACGAAAGUUGGAGUAAUUCGACCUACUACAGAAUCACAUCCCAACUUAACACCAAAAAUAAAUAAGCUCUUCAAUAUUUUAACUCAACAAUAUAUUGAAAAUUUGAAGCGAAAAUCUGCACCAGCACAGCUAGUAACCCCUACUUCAAUUGCAAAUUUACAAAACGCAAACAAAAAAAUAAAAUUAGAUUCAUCCAAUCAGUGUAACAAUGUUCAAAUUAAUCAACUGCAAAAGCCGAUAAUGAAAGCUAACCAAUUAACAACACCGACAGCAAUGGUUGUAAUCAAUAACAACAGUAAUUUAGGAAAUUUAACUAACUCAAAUCAAAUUAACGAUUUUUCACAACCAAAUUUCAACAACAGUGCCACUUAUAACAAAGAUUCCGAUAAAUUCAAAAAUUUGAAAAUGAAUAUUAAAAUAAGAAAAUUAACCCGGGAGGAGGCUAUGACUGAACAUUUUCAAGUUCCUAUAACAAGUAGUUUAGAUGAUCAUAGGUGGCUCGUAUUAGAUUUGGAAGAUGAUUUUUCUCAUAUAAUUUUCAUGAACAGCAUGGAAAUUUUAGCACAUAGUAAAAUUAAAUUAGCAUUGCAACGUUCUCAAACCGAAAAGAAAAUGGUCAGGUUUCCUAAAGUUGAUGGGCGAUCAGUAGACUGUUAUAUUAUGAAAUUUGACAAAAAGCGCAUUUAUUUAGGACCUUUCCAUGAAACAAUUGAUCCAGUUUUGAUGUUAUAUCAGAAUGUUGAUGGUAAGAUGGUGUCAAGAGAAGACUAUGAAGCUUCACGUGGUAUCAAACGAUUGAAACAUACAACAGGUUUUUGGUUAUGCAGAAAAAAUGAAAAAAUAAUGUUUGAUAUGGAGCCGUGGACGUCAGAUAUAUCCUCAAUACAGUUGCAACAACAAAAUCAGCAAAACAUUGAUAAAUUUUUAAAACAACAUCAAGUUGUGUCAACGCCAUAUCAAAGUUACAAGGGAAUUAGUUAUAAUGAAAAUUCACUCAUUCAAUUACUUCCGGAAAAUAUGCCACUUAUUCAGUCACAGUGUGAUAACGUUUCUGUGUCAGGUUUUCCUGCUAAAAAUAUUGAUUUGAAUACUAAUAUGUUUACUCCCACCGUUGCUUCAAAUGUUAGUACGGAAUCGGUGCAGCAAGUUAUUAAGCAAGUUAACAAAAUGUAUAAAAAACCAUUCGUUAUCAGUUCGAUAACAUCAAGUGCGAAAACUGUGCCAGCAAACCAAAUUGCAACCUCCAAAUCUAAUAUUUCUGAAAACUCAGUUUUGGUAACUGAUACUACAUUGAAUGACGAACCACCUGCCAAAAAAAGGAUAUUUUCAAAAAUGACAAAUGAUUCCAUUACUGUUCAUCCAAAUAUAAAGCCCACUGUACUAGCGAAGUCUGGAGAACUUAUAAUUGAAACUCAAAAAAUAUUGAAUUCAAAAGAUCAAGUUAAAACUACUCAACCCUUCUCCAUUAAUAAUAUAUCAGUAAUAUCUUCGAAUAGUUUAACGCAACCCUCAACUUCAUUAGCAAAGUCAACCGUAUAUGGUCCUCAUAUGCGUACAGCACCAUUGAUGCCUAAACCUAUGGUUCCUCUAACUAAUACUGUUUCGUCACAAAGAAUAUUGUCUCCAAUCAGUUCCGUUCAAAAGGCACAGUUCUAUACAACAAAUAAUACACCUACGUCCACGACUGUAGGAUGCAAACCCUCUAUUACUCCAACUACUUUUACUCGCCCUUUAAAAGCAAGCUUUAAAUCUAAAGAAAGUGGAGAAUCGAAUUCUUCGAAGCCUGUAAUAGACGAUAACAAAAAUGACAUAGUGACAUCGCGAGAGUUUACUGCAAAAGGUCCUGUUACUGCAGAGGUUGAGGAACAAAAUGGCCAAUUAAUACUUAAAUUACCUGAAAAUUUGCAAAAUAAAAUUUUAUCGCAGCAAUUUACAGUGUCCAAAAGUGAAAAUGGAACAUUGAUUUUAGAACCGGCAAGCAACACAAAUUCUACAUUGAAAUCUGUCAUGAAUCAUGAAAAUAAUAAUUUAAACAAACAAUUACCACAAUCAAAUGCUCAGAACAAUUCCCAAGACAGAUCAAUUGCUAAUUCUGUUGCAACAACAACAAUACCAACAACUGAAAACGCUACUAUUAAAACAUUAUCUACCUCACCUAUUACAUCCAUGCCGGUUGGUACCCAAGCAAACUCAAGUAUCCCGAUUUGCACACCUACCUCACAAAAUGUUAAAAAAAACGAAGUUAAAGUUAUAAAUUCAUCAGGAAAUACAAGUCUUCUAUUAGAGAAAAAAGUACCAAGUGUUCCUGUUUUGAAAACUAAAGAAUUACCGGUUGAAAAACAUACAAUCAAAACAAUAAUUACAAAAAUUUCAAAACCAAGUGAUACAAAAACCACUUCAUCACCUGCUAUUACUAGUUCGUCGAGUAAUAAUGAGAGAAUUAUCAACAAAGAUAAAUUUUUGAAAAUAGGUCUAACCAAGCCAACUACUUUAACAUUAAAUGAACCAAUAACUGUUCCAAAAAUUGGAAUAAUAGAUCGUAAAUGUUCAAAUACAAAAACAGCUGUAACAUUAAAUCAAAACCAAGAUGAACAAUUAAAUAAAAAUAAAUUGAUAGUAAAAAAUAAUAUUGAAAUGGAGAAAAACACAAUUAAUAAUUCAUCUAAAAGUUCAAAUAUACCCAAAUCUGAUACUAAUGUAAAAUCAAUUUUGAAUACUUCAAAUGAAAAACAGAAAAAUGAGUCAAAUACAAAAGUUUCAACUGAAUUCAAUACGAAUACAAACAAAGCAAAGAAUUUUGGAAUCUAUUAUCCAGAAAAAUAUAACCCUUUUCCUGUAACAUCUAUAGAAAAAAAUAAAAAUAAUGACACAAAUACAAUUCCUACUUUAGAAACUGCUAAAAUUGCAAAUAAAGAAAAAAUUAAUACAUCGCAAAUAGCAACUGAACAAAAAUUAUCGAAUACUAAAGAAGAUGGAAAUUUAUAUUCUGUAAAAAAAAUACCAAAUAAUUUGAGAAAUUCCUCAUCACCAUCCAAAAAAAAUAAUUUUAAACAAGAAAAAAUGAUCAAAAUAUUACCAAAAUCUUCAACUAACGAGAAAAUUUUAAAUUCUGAAACGAAAAAUUCUUCUAAUAUAUCGGAAAAAAUAUCAGUUUCAAGUGAAAGAGUAUCAAUUUCGACAUUAUCAACUGAUCCACAAUUAAGAGGUUAUACAUCUGGUUAUUUUGUUGCACCAGUAAAAGAUUAUCCUAAAUUUGGCGGCUAUAAAAGAGGUACAGAAGAGUAUUUAAUAAAAACAAAUUCAAAAUCUGUUCUUCAUUUAACAUCGAUAGCAAUUGUUGCAAAACAUUUGAAUGGAUUUGUUAAAAAACAAUGUCCAGCAUAUCAACGUGAUGUUGAAUGGGAAUUUGUUGCAUUCAAAAAUCAACAGAGCUUCACAACUAAUCAUACUGGAAAAUUUAAGAAAAUAUUUCUUCCAACAAAAUUUACUCCAAAACAAACUAAAAAUUCUGCUCAAAAGGAUAAAGAUUCAUAUGAAAUUGCUGAUAUGAAAAUUUCUGAAUUAAAAGAUGUCAUUGUCAUAGAUGAUGAUGAAGAAGAAACAAUCUAAUUAAUUUAUAAACAAAAAAAAAAUUAUAGGAGUUAAUAUAUAUUAAAAAAAAAAUUA